AUGUUGCAUGUGUCGGAGACUGAGAAGGUCACCGUGGAAGCGGAAGGCAUCGCAUUGCCGGCGGAGAUGGCGGUCGGCAAGCCUCUCUCGCUCCUAGCUCAUGGCAUCACGGACAUAGAGAUACACUUCCUUCAGAUCAAGUACAACGCCAUUGGUGCCUACUUCGAGAAGAGCCACGUGCUGCUCGAGCAUCUGGAGAAGUGGAAUGGCAGCAAGGCUGAGGAGCUGGUGGAAGACGAUGCUUUCUUUCAGGCCCUCGUUUCAGCUCCUGUGGAGAAGCUGUUCAGGGUCGUGGUGAUCAUGGAGAUCAAAGGCUCGCAGUACGGCGUCCAGCUGGAGAGCUCCGUCCGCGACCGCCUGGUCGCCGCCGACAAGUACGAGGAUGACGAGGAAGAGGCGCUCGAGAAGGUCACCGAGUUCUUUCAGUCCAAGUAUUUCAAGCCCAACUCCGUCAUCACCUUCCACUUCCCAGCAACUCCUGGAACUGCAGAGAUAUCAUUUGCGACGGAAGGCAAGGACGAGGUGAAUGUUACGGUGGAGAACGAGAACGUGGCGGCGAUGAUCCAGAAGUGGUACCUGGGCGGCGCAUCCGCGGCUUCUCCGACGACCGUCCGGAGCCUGGUCGAUCAUUUCGCAGCGCUGCUCUCCCCAUGAUUACAUCCGCAAGUACUAAUUUGCUUCCAGAUUAAGCUAAGCUCGAUCGUGAAUUCUGUCGAUCC